CCCGAAAGAAGGAAGAAGCAGUUUUUUUAUCCAAACGGAGCGAAAGAGCACAUCUCUGUCUGGGUUUCUGUGUCAGCUCCACCUCUCUGAAGGAAGAGUUUUACUUCUUCUUCCUCCUGAAGUUUCCUCACAACUCUGACAGGAUCUCCAGAAGCGGGCUGCAGUCCAAUCCAUUAAAGACCAGGACGACCCACUCCUCUUCUCACCACCUCCACUAUCACUGUCCCCAGGAUGAGUUAUGCAUCUCCUCUGAGGGGGGGCGUCUCCCUGCUCCUGCUGCUGCAGACCGUCUCCUCCAUGGUGAUGCUCCCCAACUCCACGGGCUGGGGGCCGUUUCUGGACAAGUACCUGGACGAGGAGGGGGACUGGUGGGAGGCCAAGCAGAGGGGGAAGAGGGCCAUCACGGACAGCGACGCUCAGGUCAUCCUGGACCUGCACAACAAGCUCCGAGGCCAGGUGUACCCCCCUUCCUCCAACAUGGAGUACAUGGUGUGGGACACAGAGUUGGAGCGUACAGCGGAGGAGUGGGCUGAGACCUGCCUGUGGGAGCACGGACCAGCGAGCCUCCUGCCGCAGAUCGGACAGAACCUGGGAGCUCACUGGGGAAGGCACCGCCCCCCCACCUUCCACGUGCAGGCCUGGUACGAUGAGGUGAAGGAUUACUCCUUCCCGUACCCUCAGGAGUGUAACCCCUACUGCCCCUUCAGAUGCUCUGGCCCCGUUUGUACUCACUACACUCAGCUGGUGUGGGCCACCAGCAGUCGGAUCGGCUGCGCCAUCAACAUGUGUUACAACAUGAACGUGUGGGGGCAGAUCUGGGCCAAAGCCGUCUAUCUGGUCUGCAACUAUUCACCAAAGGGAAACUGGUGGGGGCACUCUCCUUACAAACACGGGACCCCAUGCUCGGCCUGUCCCCCCAGCUAUGGAGGUGGCUGCAAGGACAACCUGUGCUACAAAGAUGACAGCUCCAACCCAGCACAAGAGGAAAUGGAAGAAAACAACUUCAUCGAGCCGGAGGCCCCCCGCGCUCCACAGAAGCCCCGGCCCAGAGCCUCCAAGCCGGACCCCCCCAGUGUCCCCGCCCCGGCCCCCACCAAGCCCCCAACGGAGGACCUGCAGAAGAAUGAGAUGGUCAACACACAGCAGAUGUCUCAGCUGGUGACCUGUGACACCAAGCUUCGAGAUCAGUGUAAAGGGACACCAUGCAACAGAUACGAGUGUCCAGCCGGCUGCCUAGAUGCUACAGGAAAAGUAGUUGGCACAGUUUACUAUGAAAUGCAAUCCAGCGUGUGCAGAGCCGGUUUGCACGCUGGAGUCAUAGAUAAUGAUGGAGGAUGGAUGGAUGUGACGAGGCAAGGCAGGAAGGACUUUUUCAUCAAAUCCAACAAGAACGGAGUCCAGUCUCUCGGGAAGUACCUCAGUGCUAAUUCCUUCACAGUUUCCAGAGUAGCAGUGAAAGCUAUAACAUGUGAAACCACAGUCGCACCGAUGUGUUCAUACCAAAAACCUGCAAAACACUGUCCCAGGUUAUACUGCCCGAGAAACUGUUUAGAGGAGAACCCUCACAUAUCCAGAGUGAUCGGCACCAGGAUAUACUCUGAUAAGUCCAGUAUAUGCCGAACAGCGGUGCACGCUGGAGUCCUCCGGAACGAUCUGGGGGGGUACAUCGAUGUGAUGCCGGUCGACAAGCGGAAAAAUUACAUUGCUUCACAACAAAAUGGCAUUUCUUCAGAGAGCCUUCAGAACCCCCCCGGAGGAAAAGCUUUCCGGGUGUUCGCUGUGAUUUGAGUGCCCCAGAGGGCGGCUUCACCAAAAAGAAAGCGCACUUGUGCUGUUGAAAAGGCGGCAAUCAAGCCCUGUUGUCAAACUGAAAUGUUUUCUGGCUCUGCUACACACCGGGGGUCGUAGGUCGGUACUAUGCCAGCGUACACCUAGCAAAGAAAACUCGAUACACACACACACACACACACACACACACACACACACACACACACACACACACACACACACACACACACACACACACACAUUGCAUUGCAUUGGGUUUUCACAUGGUCCUCCAGCAGGAAAGGUCUUACCUGUAAAUAUCUCUGAAUAUCUUGCUGUACAUACGUGUAAAUAGUAUUCCACGUGUUUGUCUUUGUGCCAUUUUCAUGUCAACAAACAGCUGUGUACGAUUUAUAGAAACAAUACGCUUUAACUUUAUAAAGGCACUUAAAGAGGAAUCCCAUUAGUAUUUUAUUAAGUCUGGCACAUUUUUACUGGUGCUCUGUGGGGGGG